GGAAAGCGUCCUAGUCAGCUACGCCAAGCGGAAUCUUGUGCGAACAGUUUUGUUCCAAGCUCACAUUUCUGCAAAUUCUUUGUGAAGUGAUUUUCGAGACACUCGAAUCAAGAUGCGUGAAUGUAUCUCCGUACACGUGGGCCAGGCUGGUGUGCAGAUCGGAAACGCCUGCUGGGAGCUGUACUGUCUGGAACAUGGAAUCCAACCGGACGGUCAGAUGCCCUCGGACAAGACUAUCGGAGGGGGUGACGAUUCGUUCAACACCUUCUUUUCGGAGACUGGCGCCGGUAAGCACGUGCCCCGUGCCGUGUUCGUCGAUCUGGAGCCGACCGUCGUUGAUGAGGUUCGCACCGGCACCUACCGUCAGCUGUUCCACCCGGAGCAGUUGAUCACCGGAAAGGAGGACGCCGCCAACAACUACGCCCGUGGUCACUACACCAUCGGCAAGGAAAUCGUCGAUGUUGUGCUGGACCGUAUUCGCAAGCUCGCCGAUCAGUGCACGGGUCUGCAGGGAUUCCUGAUCUUCCACUCGUUCGGCGGCGGCACCGGUUCGGGAUUCACAUCUCUGCUGAUGGAGCGCUUGUCGGUAGACUACGGCAAGAAAUCCAAGCUCGAAUUUGCCAUCUACCCGGCUCCCCAGGUCUCGACCGCCGUUGUCGAGCCGUACAAUUCCAUCCUGACCACUCACACCACGUUGGAACAUUCCGACUGCGCGUUCAUGGUCGACAACGAAGCUAUCUAUGACAUCUGCCGUCGUAAUCUGGACAUCGAGCGUCCGACUUACACGAAUCUCAACCGGCUGAUUGGCCAGAUCGUGUCGUCCAUCACGGCUUCUCUUCGCUUCGAUGGUGCCCUCAACGUCGAUUUGACCGAAUUCCAGACGAACUUGGUACCGUACCCGCGUAUCCAUUUCCCCCUGGUCACCUAUGCACCCGUUAUCUCGGCGGAGAAGGCAUACCACGAGCAGCUUUCAGUGGCUGAGAUCACGAACGCUUGCUUCGAACCCGCCAACCAGAUGGUGAAAUGCGACCCGCGCCACGGCAAGUACAUGGCCUGCUGCAUGUUGUACCGCGGUGAUGUGGUACCGAAAGACGUCAAUGCGGCCAUCGCCACCAUCAAGACGAAGCGCACCAUCCAGUUCGUCGACUGGUGCCCGACCGGGUUCAAGGUGGGCAUCAAUUACCAGCCGCCGACCGUUGUACCGGGUGGAGAUCUGGCCAAGGUGCAGCGUGCCGUGUGCAUGCUUUCGAACACCACGGCCAUCGCCGAGGCCUGGGCUCGCCUUGAUCACAAGUUCGAUCUGAUGUACGCCAAGCGUGCCUUCGUGCACUGGUAUGUCGGAGAGGGUAUGGAAGAGGGAGAGUUCUCGGAGGCUCGCGAAGAUUUGGCCGCCCUCGAGAAGGACUACGAAGAGGUCGGCAUGGACUCCGGCGAGGGAGAGGGUGAGGGUGCUGAAGAGUACUAAACGUACGAACGCCAGUAGCAAAACAGCCACUGAACGUAAAUGUGAAACAAUGAAAGUAAUAAAAUAAAAUAUUACUUCAA